UUCUUAUAAAGGCAUCGUUUCUGAAGUCAAGUCUCAUACUCUCAGUCGGAUACUUCAAACUCUUUACAAACCAAAGGCAAACAGAAACCAACUAAAGUACUCGUGUUCUGUUAGCACAAUGGCUUCACAGCAAGAGAGAAGAGAGAACGUUACUGAUGAAGGGGAAAUCAACCUUGAGAAAAAUAAAGUUCCCCAAAUUGCUAGCCAUUUUGAGUCACUAGCUGAGAAAGUUCAAGGUGUAGCCGAUGUCCAUCCUGCUGGUCCUGGUGCUAUUCAUGUCAAGAGCACUGUUACUGAUCAAGGCGCACAUGAAAAGAAAUCUCAUGGUCAUGAGCAAGAGUCUCAACAAAUGCAGCAAGCUCAGAGGAAAAAAGAGGGUGAUAUACAAAGGGAGAAGCUGCCGUCUACUGAUCAAGCUAAGAGUUCUGAGAUUGUUAAUGAGGGGAGAAAGCAACAAGGAUUUGAAGAGAGACCAGGUGGCGUCAAAUUUGAAGUUCAUGGCCAAGAACAAAAGGGUUCAGACACAAGCAGAGAAACCCAAAUGCAAAAGCAGGAAGGUGAAUCUCGUGGCCAAGGCAUAAGUUCGAUGCAACAAAGCAGAGGAGUUGCUACAGGUGGCCAACAAGAGACAGAAACACAAGCAAGGGGCAAAGGUGAAAGCAGAGCAGGGGAAGUAACUCAUGGUACUACUGAAGAGACAAAAGGUCCAUCCUUGGAAGAAAUAUCUCAAUACAGGGGCACAGCACAGCAGAAUUCCAUGGAAGCAAUAAGGGCAGCUGAAGAGCGCUACGAAAAGGCCAAGGAAAAGGGUGCCUCCUCAUUGCAAAAUGUUAAAGAAUCGGCUAGUCAUGGACUUGGCGCAGCAGGUACAUAUGCAACAGAAAAAGGUGCACAAGCUAAAGACACUGUUACUCAAGGUGUUCAAAAGGGAACUCAGUAUGUUGCUGAAAAAGCUGGAGCUGCUAAAGACACUGCCCUUGAGAAAGGCCAACAAGCUUACGCUGCAACUAAAGAUACCCUUUCAACUGCUGGACAAACUGCAGUACAAUCAGCACAACAAGCUAAAGAUUAUGUUGCCCAAAAAGCAGGAGAGACUAAAGAAUAUGUUGUCUCAAAAACAGAGGAGGCUAAGGAAAUAGAAGCUCCUUUCCCAGAGAGUGUUCAAGAAAAGAGCAAGAGUGCAACAAGCUAUGCAGGAGAAAAAGCAGCUAAAGUUAAAGAUGUAACAGUGGAAACAGGGAAAUGUGCAGUAGGAUAUGCAGGGAAAGUAGCUGAAACAGUGAAGGAAAAAGCAGUAGUGGCUGGUUGGGGAGCUGCACAUUUUACAGCAGAGAAAGCUGCUGAUGCUACUAAAGCUGUUGCUGGUGUUGCUUCUACUGUUGCGGGGUAUGCGGGAGAUAAAGCGGUGGCGGCGAAGGAUGUGGUUGCUGAUGCUGGGAAGAAAACAGUUGGAUAUGCGGAGGAUAAGUUGGUUGCAGCAAAGGAUUAUGUAGUUUCAGCUGAAGAAAGUGCAGCAGAGUAUGCAGCUAGGAAAAAGGCAGAAGCAGAGAGAGAAUUAGAAGCUAAGAGAUCACACGACACCAAGGUAAACAAACGGAAGAAACAAAGGUGGAGGAAAAAGAAAGCGGACUCAAAACAAUGGAGAAAGUCAAAGAGUCCAUUCAAGAAGAAUCAGGAGAAGGAGAGAAAGGCAAGCAGUUGGAGGAGGGAGCAGCAGUGGUAUUGCAAGCCAUUGGCGAAACUAUAGUUGAGAUUGGGAAAACAACUACUGAUCUUGUUGCUGGCCGCACCAAGGGGGAGGAAUCAGUGGGAACUGAGAAAAGUCAAUCACAAUAAAAUAGCUUGAGAUGGACAUUUUAGGAUUUCACUUGGUUUGGAUUUAGCUCUAGAUUUUGAAGUUCGUUUUGGUUCUGUUGAAGGGUGGAUGUUAGAUUGUCAAAUAAUUAGCGUAAAUGAUAGUGUAUGUUUUUGUCGAUAAUAAUAUGAUAAAACCUUAUUUGGUGUGACA